ACAUAACAGCCAGAAUUCCAAACCAACAAACACCAGCCAAUCAAACAACGAAAUGGUUCAUAAUUCGUCGCUGUUUUCCUCAUGGACUCGGGAGGAAGACAAGCUCUUCGAGAACGCUCUCGUGUUGUUUCCCGAGGAAACGCCGGAGCGAUGGGAAAAGAUCGCGAGUAAAGUCCCUGGAAAGAGUUCCGAUGAUGUGCAAAAGCAUUACGAGGAUUUGGUUCGUGAUUUGAGAGAGAUCGACUCCGGGAUGGUUGAAUUACCGAAUUACGAGGACGAAAUGGAUUCACCGCGUUGGAGCAGUGAGUCUGGAACGAAUCAGAUGUGGCUUGGGGGUAAGUCUAAAGAAAGGGAGACUGAGAGAAGGAAGGGCGUUCCAUGGACUCCUGAAGAGCAUAGGUUGUUUUUAUAUGGUCUAGACAAAUUCGGGAAAGGAGAUUGGAGGAGCAUAUCGAGAAACGCCGUCGUAACACGAACACCAACUCAAGUGGCAAGCCAUGCUCAAAAGUAUUUUCUCCGUUUAAACUCGAUGAAGAAAGAGAAAAAGAGAGCUAGCAUUCAUGACAUUACCGGCACCGUUGAUUCCAAGUCAUUGGGUCAAUCCAACGAUGAGAAAUGGGCCACUGAACCUAGAAACCAACAAUACAACAAAAAUCAUGGCACCUCAAUUGGCUAUCAAGGUUUCGGAUAUCCAAUGUAAUUAAGUUCUAUCAAAUAGAAAAAGCCAGGUAAAUAAUCUUGGUAGAAAGAACUUUGUGAAUUUUAUAAGGAGACAUUACCAUAUUUUGACUAGAAUGUAAUUUCUUCUUCGUGGUAAUCAUAUUUUGAGGUAUUGUUACAAAUUCGUAUUGAAAGAUGUAAUUAAAUUGUCAAGUAUGAAUAAGAAACUUUGGUAAAACUUUUACUAA